ACUGCAUUUUGCUUACUAAACUUAGGAAGCAAAAUGCUUAUACUGAAAAAAAGUGUUUGCACUUCCCCCCGCCUGUCACCCUCCUCCUACCAGUACCUCUCAACCUUAACAAAAAACCAAUGGGGAAAGCCGGCAGUUCGGCAUCUUCUUUUCAUGUAAAAUCUUUGUUGAAACAUUAACGCAAAGAAACAUCAUGUGCAUAUUGCUAUGACAACCUAACAAAUGGAAGUGAGAGGGUGGCAUGAAUGCGCUGAGGGUAUAGCUAGUUAAGUAAAGUAAGUGUAUAUUUAAGAUUAGAACAAUAUAAUCUGUGUAGUACGACAUAAAACGAACUAGCUGGGCAUACCAUGUUUUGAAAAGCAGAAUUUACAUUCCCGAAGGUACAGGGACAAGCAGAGUCAAAGAAACAGUGAGUUGCGUCAACUCAGUUCACUCCGGUACCAUGGUACAGUCUCAAUACUAGGUCCACAUUGCAGCAGCGUUCGUAGAGUUGCAGUGUUUGAGACGCCGCAACAGAAUGCCUGUCUACAUUCGGAAAGUUCCGACCGAGAUGCCGGAACCAUCAGAUGCAGGACGCAGUGAUGAUGAGGAGGAUUCAUUUCUGAGGGAUCCAGAGCAGUUUCAGGACCGACUCCCACAGCCAUACCGCAUGAUUGACAAGGUCCUAAACAAAUUGUUCGACAAGGCCUGGGAUGUCAUCUCAGAGAGAGAGGCCAGCCGUAUCGCCCAGGGAUCCAAGAAAAAAAAUGUUUUGAACCCUACGGCUGAAGUUAAGCUUCAAGAAAAGGCGAACUGCCUGUCUCGCUCAGCUGAUGGAAAAUAUGUGUUCCUUGGUCACUCCCGGGGACUGUCUGUUAUCAGUAUCUCGUCUCUCAUCUGUGUGGCAACAUGGGAGGACCAAAGCUUGGAAAUCACAUCCCUUUCGAGCAGCUGUCUCGGAGAGGCAACACAUCUCCUGUCGACUGUGGACGAUAUGGGCGUUUCAAGGAUAUUUGCCUUUUGUCCAGACGUUAUCUACUUAAUUAAAUCGAUCAAUGAAACAGAUGACAUAAGUCAAAGGAAAGUAUACACAAAGUUUCAACUGUCUGAAGGUGGGAAAUGUGCAGCUGCUGUUAUCGAGUGCAAUGGGGCAUCUUGGCUAGAGAUCUAUCGAUUUCCCACUGAGACCUGGCUGAAAGAGCUGGAGGUCAUUCAGGCUGCAUCUCAAAAACAGGUGCCACACUCUCUAGGGGUAGGCGAAGUAAAGUUUUCUCCUUUUGGGAUCAUUAUGAAGAUAAAGCCACCCAGAUCCCUCUCAGGCACAUCUUUGAAAAGCCCCUUUGAAGUGUUACAGAGGACGGAGGAUGGAAAUGUGAUUGGUUCAGGCAAACAUCACAUGAUACGUGGCCGCCAAUGGGAGGAUCUGGAGGCUGUGUUCAAGUGGAAAUAUGGAAAUAUUCUCUGUGAAAACAAGUGUAAAGCAAAGGAAGCAGGGGACAGAAGCAGCCAGUGCACCUUUCAUUUUCUCCUCCCUGGAGGACUGACCCCAUCCCUUGGAGAAACAGAGGCACAGUCUGGUUUGUCAAGAGGUUUUCCUGUCACCACUAUCUGUGUAUGGUGGAGUGGCAGUCAUAAUCUUUUCCAUUACACACUGUCAAAAACAGUUAAAGACAAAGCAGACAUAGAGCCAAACCCAGAUGCAGUGUGGCCAAAUGCACAUCAUAUCAUCUGCUCAGCCACCUCCAGAUGCACUGUGUAUGUUUCCCUCGGCCUUGUGGAUGGCACGGUGACUAUAUGGGACAGAUGCUUAGGGAUUCCCUGGUCAGUCGUGGCCCUUUCAGACAGCAGCAGUAUGAGCGGGAUUCUGUUCCUGGACCAGCCCAAGAGCCCUCGGGACGUUCCCGCUCCUUUCGGAUCUAAAGUGUGCAUCUUGGUGACCUGCAAGAGUGGGACGUGUCACCUGAUUACGGCCAGGAGGGGAAGGGACUCUCACACUACAAAAAUAACGGAAAGAACCACAGACCAUGGGACUCUCUCUGCCACAGUCUGGUCUGGGCAUGUUCUACAGAAGCUGGUGCUGUUCAUGUACAGGAAUGGAGAAAUCAUCAUCCAGGACAUGAGUAAUGGGGCUGAUGUGUACAAUUUGGCGCUGCCUCCCUCACACUGCGUAGCCCCUCAAUGGAGCCCUGUGUGUCAGUUUGACUCUACACGACAGACUCUUUUUGUCCAAGGGGACAGGAGCUCAUGUGGUGAUUACCCAUCGGAGAGUGAGGACACCGAUAGCUCACUGUUUGUCUUCCGCUUGCCCGAGUCCUCAGUAACAGAUGAAAACUGCACACCUCUUUCAGGAGCUGCAGGAGCAAAAAGGGAGAAGGGGUGUGUCAGUCUGGAAGAAACUUUCAAUCUCUAUUUGCAGGAAAGGUCCAUAGGACAAGCAUAAGGAAGGAGUGUAAUGCUUUCCACGCCAGGACGGUCCUUUUUGGCUGAAAAUUAAAAGUCAUGGCUUCUCCUUGUGCUUGACGAAAUUGGCACAUUUCAGUGGCCAAAAUGAUGUCUUGCUGAAAUUGUACCCAUAGCCUAUAUUGUAAUCAGUCACCUUCCCUGUUCAUCAUGAGACCCUACCCAUAAGUUUCCCUUGUUGCUGAUUCAUGUAGUUCUACAUUUUUGUCAUUAAUUAUGUAUUUAUUACAUUUGUGAUAUUUGUAAUACAGUUUGUAAUAUGCAAUUGUCAUAUGUAAAAUACAUUUUGUCACAGUACCAAAACUGAAAUUUUGGUCAUUUUCAGAUACAUUUCAUAAAAAUACAUUUAAGAAAAGCUGCCUGCGAAGUAGUAGUAUGUAGCUGCACAUGAUCUGUGGUUGGCGGAGCUGAAACUGCUGCCUUCCGGGCUUCACUGUGGGAAGUAAAGUACCACCGUUUUUGCCUCCCAUUUAAUGGCAAACUAUUUUCUUUUUACCUGCUGCAUAGCCUGUUACCUUAGAAAGAGUUUACUACAGCUAGGCUAUAUAUUGGCAUUCCUCUUCCCCAGCUGUGAGAAUUCACUGCUUACACUACGAAAUAAAAUGUUUUUUGACUUGUACUUCCAUUAACACAACUUCAAUAUCCACUUCAGAGAAGCUUCAAUGUACAGCAAGUAGGCAUGGCAAAUGACUUUGGUCCAGCAUAAAUGAAGUUGUAUGAAAAAUCAGCCAGAUAAUUAAGCGCCCCUUGAAACAAAAGUGGUUCCAACAUGUCUUCUUUGACGACAGUUGCUAAUGCCAACCCUGUUUUCAAGUGGUGUCGGAUUUACAGUCUGUAUACAAGUUGGAGACUUGUGAUUUACUUGCUUUCGCUAA